AUGGGCAAUACAACCUCAAAAGGUGGCUCGGGAGCAAAGAUAACAAAACAAGAUCGUGCAAUAUUGGAUCUUAAAUUACAAAGAGAUAAGAUUAAACAAUAUCAAAAGAAAGUUCAAUUGAUACUGGAUAAAGAACAUGAUGCGGCUAGAACAUUCUUGGUUCGUGGUGAUAAGGAAAGAGCAAAGACUGCAUUGAGAAGGAGACGGUAUCAAGAAACAAUCUUGCAAAAGACUGAUACACAGUUGGAAACGCUUGAGGGGCUGGUGUCCAACAUUGAAUUCUCUCAGAUUGAAGCAUCGGUGAUGCAUGGGUUGGCACAAGGUAAUGCUGUCUUGAAAGAGAUCCACAAGGAAAUGACGAUUGAAAGUGUAGACAAAUUGAUGGAAGAAACAGCAGAAGCACAAGCAUAUCAACGAGAGAUCGAUGAAGCAUUGGCAGGAAAGAUGACUGCAGAAGAUGAAGAAGCUGUCAAUGCAGAAAUGGCAUUGCUAGAACGUGAAGCGUUGGGACUUUCCGAUCCAAAAGAGGCCGUUCAGGAUCCGGCAAACAAGGUCGAUCUACCCUCAGCACCUACCACACAACCAGUAUCCGCACCAGCCGAAGAAGAAGAGCAAGAGGUACAA